AUGGGUAAAGGCUUCCGCUACUACUUCCAGCACCCUUGGUCUCGCCUCGUUGUGGCUUACCUGGUGAUCUUCUUUAACUUCUUAAUAUUUGCUGAGGAUCCAGUAUCUCACAGUCAGACAGAAGCCAAUGUUAUUGUUGUUGGCAACUGCUUUUCAUUUGUAACAAAUAAAUACCCCGGAGGAGGAGGCUGGAGGUUUCUGAAGGUGCUUCUAUGGCUACUUGCCAUUCUCACAGGACUGAUAGCUGGGAAAUUCCUGUUCCAUCAGCGUUUGUUUGGUCAGUUACUCCGGCUAAAGAUGUUUCGAGAGGAUCAUGGAUCUUGGAUGACAAUGUUCUUCAGCACCAUUCUCGUCCUUUUCAUUUUUUCUCACAUUUACAAUCUGUGCCUCCUUAUGGCAGGGAAUAUGAGGGCAUACAUCAUAACAGACUUUAUGGGCAUCAGGAACGAAAGUUUUAUGAAGGUUGCUGCAGUAGGGACUUGGAUGGGAGAUUUUGUCACAGCUUGGAUGGUCACUGAUAUGAUGCUUCAGGACAAGCCCUACCCUGACUGGGGGAAGUCUGCCAGAGCUUUCUGGAAGAAAGGGAAUAUUAGGAUCAUUUUAUUCUGGACUGUUCUAUUUACUUUGACCUCUGUAGUUGUGCUUGUCAUCACUACUGACUGGAUCAGCUGGGACAAGUUGAAUCGUGGAUUUCUGCCAAGUGAUGAGGUCUCAAGAGCCUUCCUGGCUUCUUUCAUCUUAGUGUUUGACCUUCUUAUUAUCAUGCAGGAUUGGGAGUUUCCACAUUUCAUGGGUGAUGUUGAUGUAAAUCUUCCUGGAUUGCCAUAUGCACAUCUGCAGUUCAAACUACCUUACUUCCAAAAUAUCUUCAAGGAAGAAUAUCACAUACAUAUAACAGGUAAAUGGUUUAACUAUGGAAUUAUCUUUCUGGUUUUAAUCCUGGAUCUAAAUAUGUGGAAGAAUCAAAUAUUUUACAAACCUCAUGAAUAUGGUCAAUAUAUUGGUCCUGGACAGAAGAUCUACACAGUGGAGGACUCAGAAAGCUUAAAGGACCUUAACAGAACCAAGUUAUCCUGGGAUUGGAGAUCAAAUAACACAAACCCUCUGACUAACAGGACUUACGCUGAGGGAGACAUGUUCUUGCAUAGCAGAUAUACAGGGGCUAGCCUUGAUGUCAAAUGUCUGGCCUUUAUUCCAUGUUUGCUGGCUUUUGCUUUGUUUGGGUUCUUCAUCUGGUUCUUUGGGCGAUUUCAGAAAACUGAGCAAGGCAUGGAGAAUCUGGACAAAUCAUACACAAGAAUGAAAAGGAAGUCGCCAUCAGACAUGGGAAUGACACGAGAAAAUACACAGGUUUUAGUGGAGAAAACUUUAAGUUUUCAAGAUCCACAUUUAGUAUCCAUAAAAUCAGACUUAAGUGAAAUUGUCUUUAAUUCUUCCCUUCUAACUUCUGAAAACUUGAGCUUACAGUUGAGUGAACAAGACAGCCCAUUACAACCAAUGACAGAGGCUUCUGCCCCUAAGAGUGAUCCCAUGACCUAG